CUUCCCUCUCCUCACCGUAGCCCUUCUCUUUUCCGUCACAAUCCCGCCAUCAUCCUCUGAACCCGCCGCCGACCACCCACCACCGUCGUCAACUACCCCUCGCCCCCUGACCCCUCUCCUUCUCUUUCUUUCUUUCUUCUUCCCCUUCUCUUCUUCAUCUGUCUCUGCUCCUCCGCGCCACCUCAGCCGCAGCGCCACCCCUCCUCGCCGAACCCGAGCCCAGGACCCACCCCUGCUUCCUCUCGUCUUCACCCUCUCGACGCCUCACCUUCGCGAAUCACCGCCCACGCCGCCGCAACCACCACCCCUUUCUCACCCCCACGAGCCUCAUAAACCCUCCUUGCCCCAUUAUCGCUCUUCCUCUGCCUGCGACAACAAGGACAGGGCUCGUCCCUUGUUCUCAUUUCGCUUCCUCUCCACCGCUGUCACUGUGCCACUGCGCCACUGCGCCACCAGGCCGGCUGUGUUUGUUCCGGCCAUUCACUCAUCGUCAUCAACCUUCCCCUUCCCUUCCUCUGUUCAAAUUCUUGUUCCCAGUCGUACCAAACCGGGACCCGGCCGGUUUUUUUGCUUUGCCUAAAAACGCGCCGUUUAGCAUUCAGUAAACCCCCCCCCCCCCCCCCCCCACACACCCUAACUCACCCCAACUCUCCAUCGGCGCAGCAGCACACCCUCCCUCGUCCCUCCCAUCACCCUCAAACUAGCCGUUCCUCUCAACGCCGGCGAGCUCAGUCCCUCCCUUCGGCGCAGCCACGGUCCCGCCGGCGCUAGCUCUGUUCCACCGCAGCCACUGUCCCGUACGAAGCCCGUUCGAAGGUGCUCCUUGUCUUGGUUCUCCCUCUUUCGUGCUCUGUUCAAGGCUUCUAGCUUCGAAGGUGCUCUCUUGCGCCGCCGUCGCGCUCACAUAGAGGAAGAAUCAUCGCAAGCGCCGCCGUUUCCUCCUCCUCUCGGUCAAGCCGUCAUUCGCUUCUCAGCUGCGCCGCUGUCUAUUUCUCAGCCGUCCUACUCGCCGCGGUCCUUGUCGUCCGCGACACUCAGUCACGCCACGUCUUCCAUCUUAGGGUAAGCAGAUGGCCAGCUUUCGCGUUUCUACAUCAUCUUUUCCCUCCUCUCCUCAAAGCCAGUGAUGAUGCUGAGCCAAUGAGCCAUUUGGUGGCAAUGGGCUCCUUUCGACGUACUUGUGGAGGUUGCCAACUGCCAAGUCUGAAGCUAAGAUGUAGCAGCCAAUGGAGCUGGCCUUGGGUUCACAAUGAAGGAGAAUGAGAUAGAGUAAAUGAAGGGGGUGAAGCCAUUUUUUCCCCUAAAGCAAACAUACAUGUUUGAUUUUGUUUUUAAAAGUUAAAAGUUGUUGAGUAAUUAAGUCAUGUCAGUAUAAUGAUUAUGAACAUAUAAAUUAUUAGUUUCAAGUUUUCAAAUUUUGAAGUUGGUUUGUUUUGUUGGUGAGAUAUGUUGGCAAGUGGCAGGUAAUAUAAUUAUAAUGUAAUGCAACCAUAGGUGUGAACUACUUUCUAUAAAAGUAAACAUUGAAGCCAUUUUUUUAUUAGUCUUUUAUAAACAGCAGUAUAAAGCCAGCAUCAAACACUUGAUUCAUUGUAAAAUACUGUACGUACCUUCAACAUGAACCGAUGCUGCUGCAUUGCAACCUAUUAAGAUGCUAUAGCUUUCAUUGCCAAUUGGCAGCCAUGUAUUUGAUUGGAGAACAUAACAUGCCACGUAUAUGUCCAAACAAAAGUCAGAGCCACAUAUAUGUCCAAACAAAAGUCAGAGCAUGUUAAUUUUGAGCAUGACAGAUAUCAUUGCACCUACUGCUCUUUGAAUUCAUUUUGGAUCUUUUUUCAAACUUUUCAGCAAGAAGGGCAUUGAUGCAGGAGCAAUAGGAGCAUGCCACUUGGAAGCCAUUCAAGGAGUCACCCCUCAAAAUGACAUCAACAUCUUGAAGCUAGUCGCAUUUUUGAAAGGUUGGGCAUUGCACUUUCUUCUUCAAUGGCUAAACAAAAUCUUAGGCAAGCCAUUGAUUUUUUGUAUUCUCGCGGCCUUGCUACUUCUGAUUCCUAUACACGCCAUGUCCUUCAUUGCGUUCGAGCAAAUGACUUUGUUCAAGCCAAGAGAUUGCAGUCUCACAUGCAACUUCACCUUUUCCAACCCAAAGACUCCUUCAUCCACAACCAGCUCCUCCAUUUGUAUGCCAAAUGCGGCAAACUCUCCUAUGCACAAGACCUGUUUGAUAAUAUGACCCACAGAGAUGUUUAUUCUUGGAAUGCCUUGCUUUCUGCUUAUGCUAAGUUGGGUUUGGUUGAGGAUUUGUGCACUGUCUUUGAUCAAAUGCCUUCUCGUGAUUCCGUUUCUUAUAACACCUUGAUUGCUUGUUUUGCAACUAAUGGGCAUUCAGGCAAGGCAUUGAAGAUUUUAGUGAGGAUGCAAGAAGAUGGGUUUCAGCCCACCCAGUACUCCUAUGUGAAUGCAUUGCAAGCAUGUUCUAAGCUCUUGGAUUUGAAGCUUGGUAAGCAGAUUCACGGGAGAGUUGUUAUUAGUGGUUGUGGGGAUAACACUUUUGUAUGGAAUGCUAUCACUGGUGUCUAUGCGAAGUGUGGUGAUAUUCACAGGGCACGGUGGUUCUUUGAUCGAAUGACACAUAAGAAUGUUGUUUCCUGGAAUCUUAUGAUCUCUGGAUAUGUCAAAUUGGGGUAUCAUGAUGAGUGCAUUCGAUUGUUUAAUAAGAUGAAGUUAUUGGGUUUGAAACCUGACCAAGUUACAGCAUCAAUUGUUAUCAAUGCUUACUUUCAGUGUGGACAUGUGGAUGAUGCAAGGAGGAUGUUCAGUGAAAUACCUAGAAAGGAUGAGAUUUGUUGGACAACAAUGAUAGUUGGUUGUGCACAGAAUGGAAGAGAAGAGGAUGCAUUGAUGUUGUUUGGCGACAUGCUGCGUGGAGACGUUAGACCUGACAGUUACACCAUUUCAAGUGUGGUCAGCUCCUGUGCCAAGCUAGCUUCUUUGUGUCAUGGUCAGGUUGUCCAUGGAAAAGUAAUAGUAAUGGGUGUUGAUCAUAGCAUGCUUGUGUCAAGUGCUCUUGUUGAUAUGUAUUGCAAGUGUGGAGUUACUUUGGAUGCUUGGAGCAUUUUUUGGACAAUGCCUAUUCGAAAUGUGAUUACUUGGAAUUCUAUGAUCCAUGGUUAUGCCCAAAAUGGUCAACCACAUGAAGCACUGGCUCUUUAUGAAACGAUGCUUCAGGAAAAUAUCAAACCUGAUAGCAUUAGUUUUGUGGGGGUAUUAUCUGCUUGUAUCAGUGCUGACAUGGUCGCAAAAGGACAGGAAUAUUUUAAUUCAAUAAGUGAACAUGGGAUGACACCAACAUUGGAUCACUAUGCAUGUAUGGUCACUCUCAUUGGUCGCUCUAGUAGUGUUGAUAAAGCUGUGGAUUUGAUCAAAUGCAUGCCUCAUGAACCAGAUUACCUGAUUUGGUCCACCCUACUCUCUAUUUGUGCAAAGAAGGGUGACAUCAAGAAUGCAGAAUUGGCAGCUGGUCAUCUCUUCAAGUUGGAUCCACGUAAUGCAGGACCUUAUAUCAUGCUUUCCAACUUAUACGCUGCUUGCGGGAGAUGGGAAAAAGUAGGUGAUGUACGAUCUCUCAUGAAUAGAAACAAUGCAAAAAAGUUUGCUGCUUAUAGUUUGGUUGAGGUUGAGAGUGAAGUCCACAAAUUUGUUUCAGAAGAUCGUACUCAUCCAGCCGUGGAGAAAAUCUAUGAUGAAUUGAACAGAUUGAUUUCAAUAUUGCAACGAAUUGGGUAUAAUCCAGAUACAAACAUUGUUCUGCAUAAUGUGGAACAGGAAGAAAAAUUUAAAUCCAUCUCAUACCACAGUGAGAAACUUGCUCUUGCUUUUGCUUUAAUUAGAAAGCCGAAUGGAAUUGCACCUAUCAGGAUCAUAAAAAAUAUACGUGUCUGUGAUGACUGCCAUGUGUUUAUGAAAUUUGCAUCCUUCCAUAUUGGAAGGACAAUCAUUUUGAGAGAUUCAAACAAAUUUCACCAUUUCUCUAGUGGAAAGUGCUCUUGCAAGGACCAUUGGUAAAGUUUUAAUCCAGAUAAUGAUAUCCUGUGCAUUUUUAAUUGUUUUGAAAAGGAAUGGUGCUGGCAAUAGAAGGGAAAAUUAAAUCUAUAUGUAAACGUGGACUCAAUAGAUUGGAGCAGCUGUAUAGCACGGGAAUGCCUUUAGAAAAUUUCUUGGGAUGACACAAUGUGUUGAACUAGGAAGCAAGUAUAUUCUUUGAAUCCAUUAUCAAGAAUGGACCUUGAAGAAAGAGAGUCAAGAAAACUAUCAAAUCCCCAUAACUUGCUUGAUCCAGACUAGAGAUCUUUGUGACAUGUAGAGCCUGCUCGAUUCAGACUAGAGGUUCUUUGUGACAUGUACUAUGUCUACAUGUAACUCAAUCUUGUGGCAGUGUUAAUUGCUUGCCUCUUAAGUGGUAACGGAAAAAUGAAAGGAUAAUUUGUCGAUAACUUUAUCAGAGAUGAAGAUGCAACACCCGAUGACCUGAGCAUUGUUGAACCUUAACUCCUCAAAUUUCAUCUGCAGUACCAAUGCCUUAAUUCACUGACAAAUCUAGAUACUUGAUCUCCCCCACUAAGUGUUUCAGGCAUUUAACUCCUGCAAUGGGUGUGAUUAACUACGAGAUGGUUCCAAUGUUGGGGCACAGAAUUCGCGUAGUGAAGAAAUAAAUGAUCAACACAUUCUAUUAGCUCUAAUAUUAUGUACUUUUGGGUGCAAGGUCACGGUGUCUCUUCUUCCAGAUGCAGUCUUUUGGCUGUUGAGUUGAUUCCUUCUAGUAAUGAAGCAUGAAGCAUCCAGUGAUCCAGAUCAUGUUCUUGCAUAUUACUCUCUUGAAGGACAAAGAGAUGAUUUUCCGGAUACCAUUGUUAGUGUACCUUUGGAAUUCACCAUAUGUGCAUAAACCUUUUUUUCCCCUCAUACCCCUCGCUUUUUCUGUCUUGUAAUUUUUUGCUGUAUUUGUAGUAUCAGGGUCCUCAUUUUUCAAUGCAAUUUUAGUGCAGUGUUUAUAAUAAUACUACUACUAAAUAUCUACUUCUACUUAAUAUACUAAAAUUGGGUUUUUCCCCAACUACUAAAGGUG